AUGGAAGAGAAAAGAAACAGGAAGAAAAAUUUCAGUCAUGAAGAAAUUCUCAUUUUAAUUGAUGGAUACAAAGAAAACAAAACAGUCAUUGAAAGCAAAUUAAACUCGUCUGUUACAAACCGGAAAAAAUGUGAGAUUUGGCAGGACAUAACAAACAAAAUAAACGCAAAAGGCUUUGAGCAGAGGGAGGUAAAGGAAUUGAGGAAGAAGUGGAGCGACCUUAAGACACAAGCAAUUGAGGACUUUCCUCGCACUAAACAUGUACCCACUGGAGGUGGUCCGAGACCAGAGCCUGGCCCGUAUUCAACCGUUAUCCUAGAAAUAAUCGGCGACAACUCACCCACCGUCUGUGGAAUCACUGGAGUUGAAAGUGGAAUUGAAGCCGCAGACAUGGCUCAAAGCGUUAUUGCAUCAAGUCAGCCAACACCAGUAACAGAAACUUGCGCUGGAAACAUCGUACUGCCAGCGUCAACAGGAGAUCCUCCUGUCCUUCAUGCAGACCAUCCAGGGAGCACACAAGACAAAGAACUGCCACCUUCAGUCGAAAAUGCAAGGAAAAGGAAGCGUGCAAAUGAGCUGGAUGAGGACAUAAACUAUAACCGCUGCAAGCUUCUCAAGCUUGAAUGCGCAAAAGUAAAAGAGGAGAUCCUGAAAAUAAAAAGUGAACGCAAAAAAAUAGACCUAGAAAAUGUGAAAAUAAACCUGGAGAUCAUUAAAUUACAAGAGGAGUUAAAGCCUCAUGGCUACACCUUCAACGUUGUUGAAAUGUAG